GUAUAAACCGUCCGAAAGGGAUUCGCUCCGAUUUUAAACCGUCUGUCGUCACUUCCUUUAAAGAUGGCCUUCUUUGUCUUUUCCCGUCAAGCCGGUUUACAAAGCGCAUUCGCCGGUAGAGGUCUGACUGUGCAGUUUGUGAAUUUUGCUGUCCAAAACUCAUUUGCCAGAAACUUCAGCAAGAAAAUGGGUUUGCCAAGAGUUUUCUUCGAUAUGUCCGCCGACGGUCAACCUGUUGGAAGGAUUGUGAUGGAGUUGAGGAACGACGUCGUCCCGAAGACGGCCGAGAACUUCCGCGCCCUGUGCACCGGCGAAAAGGGUUUCGGCUACAAGGGCUCCACCUUCCACCGUGUCAUUCCCAACUUCAUGUGCCAAGGGGGCGAUUUCACCAACCACAACGGCACCGGCGGCAAGUCGAUCUACGGCAACAAAUUCGGCGACGAGAACUUCACUUUGAAGCACACCGGACCCGGUGUCAUGUCGAUGGCCAACGCCGGUCCCGACACCAACGGAUCCCAAUUCUUCAUCACCACCGUCAAGACUUCUUGGCUGGAUAACAGACACGUUGUGUUUGGUGCCGUGGUGGAAGGCAUGGAUAUCGUAAAGAAAAUCGAAGCUUUGGGCUCCCAAUCCGGUAAAACUUCAAAGAAAAUCGUAGUUACCGAUUGCGGUCAAUUGUAAAUUUUAUGUAAUUUUUAAAAAAGAAAAAUUUUUUCCUGGUAAAUGUCUCACGUGGUUCCAUCCUGGAAAAAUUUUACCUUUUGCGAGCCAAGUUUUUUUUUUUUAACAGGUCGUUUGGAUAACAUUCGUUUGCAAAAGAAAUGAAAUGUACAGGUUACAUGAAUUUCUUUUCAAUUCCUUCUAGUUGAAAAUUACAACGUAAAACACAUUUUUUUUAAGUAAUAAUGUUACUAAUACUGUAGAUGUGGUUUAUCGAUUGUAUUAAAAUACAUAGCUUGUAAUGAAAGAGAUAUUAAUAAGUGUUAUACUGUAACAAUCAAAAUUUUUACCAUGUGUCCAAGGUCGAGCGCUACAUUCGUCCGCGCGAUUCAUCGCGCCUCUCCACAGUUCGGCUGAUUCUCUCUUUCUACUGAUUGUAGCGUUCGGAAACGCAUAUACAGUAUUAAGAAUAUACCGAGUGGUCACCUUGAAACUCUGCAUUCAUCACGCCUCUCCUCAGUUAGACUGAUUCUCUUUCUAAUGCUAGAAACGCUCGAACUUGGAUGAUCGGUAUACCUUUUAGCUAUUUCACGAUCCCUUUCAAGCACAAAAAUAAAUUUAUUAAACAAGGCUUAAUAAUAUAAGAACUAAUAUAAUUUAGACCUCCUUAGUUACA